AUGAUCAGCCAGUUCUUCAUUCUAUCGUCGAAAGGAGAUCAUCUCAUUUACAAAGACUUCCGUGGGGAGAACAGCAGUGAUGUGGUGCGAGUGUUCUACGAGAAGGUCAUGGCGCUGAGCGAGGACCAGCCACCCGUCGUCAUGACGCACAGAGACGUGUGCUUCGUCCACGUCAAACAGGGAGGUCUGUUCUGGGUCGUCACCACCAACGCAGCAGCUUCUCCCUUCACCAUCUCAAUAAUCUCAAUACUUGGCCUCCUCACACUCUGCUCCUCCUCUCACUGUGCUCCUCCUCUCACUCUGCUCCUCCUCUCACUGUGCUCCUCCUCUCACUCUGCUCCUCCUCCUCUCACUCUGCUCCUCCUCUCACUCUGCUCCUCCUCCUCUCACUCUGCUCCUCCUCCUCUCACUCUGCUCCUCCUCCUCACACUCUGCUCCUCCUCUCACUGUGCUCCUCCUCUCACUCUGCUCCUCCUCCUCUCACUCUGCUCCUCCUCUCACUGUGCUCCUCCUCUCACUCUGCUCCUCCUCCUCUCACUCUGCUCCUCCUCCUCUCACUCUGCUCCUCCUCUCACUGUGCUCCUCCUCUCACUCUGCUCCUCCUCCUCACAUUCUGCUCCUCCUCCUCUCACUCUGCUCCUCCUCCUCUCACUCUGCUCCUCCUCCUCUCACUGUGCUCCUCCUCUCACUCUGCUCCUCCUCACAUUCUGCUCCUCCUCUUCUCACUCUGCUCCUGCUCCUCUCACUCUGCUCCUCCUCCUCUCACUCUGCUCCUCCUCACAUUCUGCUCCUCCUCAUCACUCUUUGCUCCUCCUCAUCUCACUCUGCUCCUCCUCACAUUCUGCUCCUCCUCCUCUCACUCUGCUCCUCCUCCUCACUCUGCUCCUCCUCACAUUCUGCUCCUCCUCAUCACUCUUUGCUCCUCCUCAUCUCACUCUGCUCCUCCUCACAUUCUGCUCGUCCUCCUCCUCCUCACUCUCUGCUCCUCCUCCUCACUCUGCUCCUCCUCUCACUCUGCUCCUCCUCUCACUCUGCUCCUCUUCUCACUCUGUUCCCUCCUCCUCCUCACUCUCUGCUCCUCCUCCUCACACUCUGCUCCUCCUCUUCAGACUGGCCUCCCUGGUGAAGGACCACUGUGGCGCUCUGAGUGAGAGCUCUGUACAGAUGAACUUCGCUCUGAUCUACGAGCUGCUGGACGAAGUGGUGGACUUCGGGUACAUCCAGACCACGUCCUGUGACCUCCUCAAGAACUUCAUCCAGACAGAAGCUGUGAGCACCAAGACCUUCAGCCUGUUUGACCUCAGCAACGUGGCCUUGUUUGGAGCCGAAACGCAACAAAGUAAAGUCGCUCCAAGUUCAGCUGCAGCACGACCCAUUCACCAACAGCAGGGGAAGAGUGAGAUCUUUGUUGAUGUUGUGGAGAGAAUGACAGUUGUGAUCGGCGCAAACGGAAUGGUGCUGAAGGCCGACGUGGAGGGAGAGAUAAGAGUCAAGUGUUAUACUCCCAGAUGUACAGACAUGAGGAUCGGUCUGAACGAGGAGCUGAGUAUCGGCCGCUCCCAGAUCAGAGGUUAUGGUGCUGCGGUGCGAUUGGACGAGUGCAGUUUUCACCAAAACGUCAAACUGGAAGAAUUCAACUCCAACAGAAUCCUACGAGUGUGUCCUUCACAGGGAGAGCAGACUCUGAUGCAGUACUCUGUGACUGAUCAGCUGCCCUGUGCCGCUCCCUUCAGACUGUUCCCCACCAUCGAGAGAGAUCCUUCUGGAAGAUUACUGAUGUAUCUGAAGCUGCGCUGUGACCUGCCGCCCAAAAUAUCGGCUCUGAACCUUCAGGCCUCGAUCCUCGUCCCUAAAGACUCCUUGAGUCUUUCCCAGGAGCUCAGCAGUCCAGACCAGAGCGCCGAGCUGAGGCCCCAGACCCGAGUCCUUCAGUGGAACAUCCCCAAGAUCAACGGAGGAUCCCAGCUGUCCGCCCUGUUCAAGGUGGAAGUCCCAGGCCUGAACUCGUCUUCGCUCCUGGAGGUGGGACCAGUGGGACUGAGUUUUGAGGUCCCGAAGUGGACCUGCACGGGUCUGAUGGUCCGGUUCAUCAGGCUGAGUCCAGUCCAGACCAGCGCUGGGGAGCGAUGGGUCCGAUACAACACACACACAGAGUCCUUCACCAUCAGGGUCUAA